UUACUUUCUUUUCAAACUGUAACAUAAUCACGCUUAUAUGGUUAAUAUAUGGAGGAUUUAUCAUUUUGCUUAAAAUUCGAGUAUCGACUUGCCCUAUGUAAGGAGUAGGACUCUGGGACUGUGAUCUUGACUACAACCAGUCGAUUUGUUACAAACACCCGAAAUGGAAACAAACCCACCACCAUUAAAACCUUUAACACCACAAGAAUGGGAAUCUUUAAUCGAUGACCACCGUCACCACCGUUGGAUCUCAUCCAAUUACACCGGUCUCCCUCUCCUCGAUCUUUCUCUCUCUUCAAUCCUCCGUAAAGACUUCCCUAUCUCUCUAAAACUCAACAUUAUCAUCUUCCUUGAAGAAAAUUUCACAACUUUGUCAAUACCCAUUUCGGAACAACCCCUCACGCGCCUAGUUGAUACUCUACGCGCCGUCGUCAAUUCUCCAAACGACGCCGUUUCGGUAUCUUUUUCGCUUAAAGAACAGGUACUUGUGUCUUUCACUUCUAUACUUAUAUUGUGUACAAUUAAUUGUUGUAAUAAUGAUGAUGACGAUAAAAAUGGUCAAAACCCUAGGUUGACUUUUGUAAGUCAGCUAGAGGGUUUGCUUGAUGUGUUAUUGACUGUUGUAAACCGCCCGAAUCACGGGUUAGAUAGGAGUUUAAGGGGUGUGGCGUGUGAGUGUUUGAGGGAAUUGGAGAGCGAAUGUCCCGGUUUGUUGUCCGAAAUUGUUGGGAGUCUGUGGGAAUUGUGUCAGAAUGAGAAAACUCAUGUGGGUCAGAGUUAUGUUUUGUUGUUAGCCAAUGUGGUUCAUGGGAUUGUGGUUUCCAAGGUGAAUGUGUCGUUUUUAGGGACUGGGGUUCCGUUGACACCGUUUAGUGUUCCUCGGUUUUUGAUAGGAGAGAGUGGUUCAGGAAGGGAUAAUGGUGGGUUGGCAGUUAAGGAGUUGAGGAGGGUGAUGUCGUUUUUGCUUGAAUGGCCGCAGUAUCUGACUCCUUUUGGGUUGUUUGAGUUCAUGUCAAUUAUAAUGCCGGUGGCGGUGGCACUGGAGUUGCAGGCCUCUUUGUUGAAAGUGCAGUUUUCGGGGUUGCUUUAUAUGUUUGAUAUGUUGCUGUGUCAUGCGUUUAUAGGGAUGUAUUUACAGUUUCCUGAAGCGUUUAAUGGAUAUGAGAAUGAGGUUAUUAGUCGCCUUUUACUGAUUUCCAGGGAAACACAACAUGUUUUGGUUUUUAGAUUGCUUUCACUUCACUGGUUGUUGGGAUUCAUGGGUUUGGUGAUGUCAAAGAGGAAGGUGAUUAAAGAGAGGAUUUUUGCAACAGCUAUAAGGUUUUACCCGAGUGUGUUUGAUCCACUUGCUUUGAAAGCAUUAAAGCUUGACUUGAUUGCAUAUUGUUCGAUCAUACUUGAUAUGUCUAGAUUUGCCAAUGCAAAUGGUGAAAUGGUUUCAGAUGUGGAUAGCUCUGAAGUGUCUGUGGUGAAGCUAUUCGAAGAUGGUCUUGAGUCUGUAUCUGGUUUCAAGUGGUUGCCACCGUGGAGCACAGAAACUUCUGUUGCAUUUCGCACCUUUCAUAAGCUUUUGAUAGGCGCCUCUUCCCAUUCUGAUACUGGUUCUUCCACCAAAGUUCUCGUGGAGUCGACAAUCUUCCAUGCUACAGAGAAGAUGUUGGUGACUAUGACCUUAGAGUCUCAGGGAUUAAUUCCCGUCAUAGAAGCUUUCAUUAACCGAUUGCUCCGGUGUAACAAGCACCGCCUUCUUGGAGAGCGCCUACUUCAGACAUUUAACAAUCAUUUGCUUCCAAAAGUUGACAUAGACUAUCGACUGGGAUCUUAUUUUCCACUUUUUGAAAAAAUUGCUGAAAGUGAGACAGUUCCACCAGGUGGUUUGCUAGACCUGUAUGGUAAAUACAUGCGGACUUUAGUCGAAAAACAUGGUCCAGACACAGGUUUGAGAUCAUGGUCUCAAGGAAGUAAAGUUCUUGUUCUUUGUCGGACAAUAUUGAUGCACCACCAGAGCUCUCGAUUCUUCCUUGGACUAUCUCGUCUCCUUGCAUUCACUUGCCUUCACUUUCCAGAUCUUGAAGUCCGUGACAAUGCAAGAAUAUACUUGCGGAUGCUGCUCUGUGUACCAGGAAAUAAGCUCAGACAUUUACUGAGCACUGGAGAUCAGCACCCAUCUUCUCAUUCCACUUCAUUCUUCAGUGUUCAAUCUCCUCGAUUUUCUUAUGAUCCAAAAAAAUUAAAAGAUAUUUCAUCCUACAUCCACAUUGAACGGGUGGUUCCAUUAUUAGUCAAACAAUCCUGGUCCUUGUCUUUAAACUCCUUUGGCGUUAGUGGUGACAAGCCCCGUUAUAUGGAAGUCAUCACAGACACUAAUACCUCAUCAUGGCAACCGGAGACACCCGAUGACAAUGCCGAAGUCUCAACUAUCCCUGCAAUUGAAGGACCCAAUCAGUCACGGGAACCCUUGCGUGUUACAGAUUCUAAAGUUUCAGAAAUUGUUGAAAUAUUACGGAGAUAUUUUUCAUUAAUUCCUGAUUUCAGACAUAUGUCUAGUAUCAAAAUUGGAAUAUCAUGUACUCUGAGCUUUCAAUCAGAACCUUUUAAUCGAGUAUGGAAAAACAAUGCAUCUACUGAAAUCGACGGGGUUACUGCGUUGUAUGCUACAGUGCUCAAAUUUUCUUCUUCGGCACCAUUCGGGUCUAUUCAACCUUGCCGCAUACCUUUUCUUCUUGGCGAACCCACCAAAAACGACAUACCUUCAAGUCAAAGUCAAACUGAUUCUCUAGAUAUUGUUCCUGUUGGCAAUGGUGCUGCAGAAGAAGAGAAAGAAAGCUUCAAAGCUCCCGUUUUAAUUGAGUUGCAACCAAAGGAACCAACACCGGGUCUUAUUGACGUGUCCAUAGAAACAAAUGCAGAGAAUGGUCAGAUCAUCUCUGGUCAGCUUCAGAGCAUUACUGUGGGCAUUGAGGACAUGUUUCUUAAAGCUAUAGUUCCAGAUGGCAUUCAUGAUGAUGAUAUGCCUCAAUAUUAUGUAAAUUUAUUUAAUGCAUUAUGGGAAGCAUGUAGUAGUUCAUCCAGCACUGGGAGAGAGACCUUUCCUUUAAAAGGAGGUAAAGGGUUUAUAGCUGUCAAUGGAACACGUUCUGUUAAGUUUCUUGAAGUUUCAGCAACUUCAUUAAUUCAAGCAGUUGAGAAGAACUUAUCGGAUUUUGUUGUUAAUGUCAUUGGUGAUUCACUCAUUAAUGUUGUCAAGCACAGAGGGGUCAUAAGUGACACUGUUUGGAACGAUGAUGCUUCAGGUUCGGGUCUUGAUGUUGUUGCUGUGGAUCCUAAUAUAGUGGAGGGACCACUUUAUCUUAAGUAUGACAAGGAGGAAGAUGACAGAGGGAGUAACCUACACUUGAAUAAAAGAAACAUGGGCCGGUUUCAUAUUUUGAUAUUCCUUCCUCCAACGUCUCAUCUUCUUUUUCAAAUGGAAGUUGGGGUUAGUUCGACUCUAGUUAGGAUACGAACAGAUCAUUGGCCAUGCCUUGCUUAUAUUGAUGAUUAUUUGGAAGCUUUAUUUUUUACUUAGAGGUACUUUUGCAUGGAAUUCUUUUCUUUUUUAUCCUAUAGUUUCCUAUGUGGAACAUUUUCUCCACGCGUGGCAAAUAUUUGCAUUUCAGGAUCGGUUAGCAGGAACCAAAUUUGGGUUGUAAGGGUCGUUUUUGGUAUGGGUCAGGGUUGGGCCGUCCCGCAAACUCUCUUAUUUCUAUUUAUUUCUAUUCUUAAGUUUUCCUUAAAUACCAAUCCCUCUAUUGAUGGCUGGUUUUUAUUUCCAUUCUGUAUUAUUCUAAAAUGUAUUAAUCAAGAUUCCAACCACCACUUCAUUGAUAA